CUUAAACCGUUGCUUCUUCUCCGCUGCAAAACCCAUCAAUGGCAAAGGAGAAGGGAAAGAAGAGACAAAGGCAGCAAAAUCCACAGCCUUUCCUCGCAAACGAUGGCGAUUCGGUCGCCUCCACCAGAACACGUUCCAAAGCCCCCAAGCAUCACCAGACGCAACAUGAGCUGAUACCUUCGGGGCUGAGUGCGAAAAUAUUGAAAGAGGCGUUGAUUCAGCAGAAAGAGAUUGCGGAGGAGGAUGCGGCAGCUUCGGACGAGCGGAACCCCAACAGUGCGUUCUUUUCUGUGGCUGAAGAAGAUACGUCCCGACGAGAAGUUGAGGAGGACAUAGAUGAUUUUGGUGGAUUUUCUGAGACUCAGAGCCAAUUCGGCAACUAUGAAGAAGAGCUUAACGAGGAGGACGAAAGAUUACUGGAGGCCUUUCUAUCAAAGGAUGCUGGUCCACAGCGUACACUUGCAGACAUCAUUGCUGAAAGGAUCAAAGUAAAGGCUCUGAAUGUUUCUUCAGAAACCCAAUCUUUGCCAAAGUUGGAUGACAAUGUCAUAAAUUUAUACAAGGGACUUGGCAAGUUUCUUAGUAAAUACACUGCUGGAAAGAUGCCCAAGGCAUUUAAACACAUUCCUUCGAUGCAACUUUGGGAGGAUGUUCUACAGCUGACUGAACCUGAAAAUUGGUCACCGAAUGCAAUGUUUCAAGCCACUAGAAUUUUUGCCUCCAAUCUGGGUGCAAAAAAGGCGGAGCUAUUUUACAAGUUUGUUUUACUCCCUCGGAUCAGGGAUGAUAUCAGGAAGAAUAAAAGACUGCAUUUUGCUCUGUAUCAAGCUUUGAAAAAAUCUCUCUAUAAGCCAGCUGCCUUCAACAAGGGAAUAUUGUUCCCAUUGUGUAAGUCUGGGACAUGUAAUCUCAGGGAAGCUGUCAUCAUAGGGAGCAUUCUUCAAAAGGUGUCUAUUCCUAUGCUUCAUUCAAGUGUUGCAUUAUUUAAGCUUGCAGAGAUGGAAUACUGUGGUACAACGAGUUAUUUUAUCAAGCUUCUUUUGGAGAAGAAAUAUGCUUUGCCAUAUCGUGUGGUUGAUGCAGUUGUUGCUCAUUUUACGAGAUUUCUUGAGGAUACAAGGUUGAUGCCUGUAAUAUGGCAUCAGUCUCUCCUUGCUUUUGUACAAAGAUACAAAAAUGAAUUGCAGAAGGAAGAUAAAGAUAACCUUAGAUUGCUAAUUGAAAAGCAGAAGCACAAAUUAGUAACCCCAGAAAUUCUGAGGGAACUGGACAAUAGCCGAAAUCGUGGCGAGAAGAAUGAUCCCAUGUUAAUAAAUAUCCUUUGCCUCAUAGAAGAUUCUCCUUUCCUUGACUUCUCAUUACCAUCUCCCAUUUCCGUGGUCAAUAAAACAAUUGAGGAAGACAGGUUUGAUAUUCCAGAUGUACCUAUGGAGGAAGAUUGAAUGCCUAUGCUUGGUACAAUCCUGCCCAUACUUGCAUUGUUCACUUGGAUCAACUUUUACCUGCUGAAUUGGUAACAUCCUCUUGUUGCAGAUGAAUCCUAAACCUCGCAUGCAUACUGAGUAGCUAUACUGUACUUGAAGGCAACGCAGAAGCAAAAGUUUUGAGUUUUGUUUGUUUUUUUUUUGUUUUUUUAUAAGCAAAAGUUAACUUUGUGAUAGUCUUGUUUGUUGCAAAUUUUCACUUAUGACAUUUUUGUACCUGAUGCGGGAGAUUUAGUUUGUGUUAUUGCCUAUUAUUUAAUCUAAUUCUGGAGUUUAUGGUUUUC